AACAACCAAUGGCAGAAAACACCACUGCGCAUGUAUGGGCCACUCGGGAACGGCGCUAUGCUGGUAAUCUGAUUCCUUCACUCUAGUCGUUUUAAGGUGUGUCCUGUUUCGGUUGUAAAAGAAGCUAUUUGACAGACGUCCGGAAUAAAAAAAAGUUCCAAAUAACUUUUGACCGUGAGAAGCCCGGAAGACAAUUCUCAUUUACUGUACAAAGUUCACCCACAAUGGCAUCUCAAAUACUUUCCUGCUUUUUGUUGAUCGGUUUCGUGUGUUCAACAUAUGCUCAAGGUCGUGGCUUUGUUGGGCUGCCAGACUCAACGGAUGACAACCUUAUUGCUGUGGAUGAGGCGACCAAAGAAACUUUGCGGAGUGCUCUGACCACGGUGUUCCUUCCCAUCGUCUACAUAGUGGUGUUUGCUGUGGGGCUGCCCACCAACGCAAUGGCCAUUUGGGUCUUUUUGUUCAGGACCAAGAAGAAGCAUCCUGCUUCCAUUUACAUGGCCAACCUGGCUCUGUCAGACCUGCUGUUUGUCAUCUGGACCCCCCUGAAGAUCGCCUACCACUUAAACGGCAACAACUGGAUCUAUGGAGAGGGACUGUGUAAAGUCCUGGUGGGAUUCUUCUAUGGGAACAUGUACGGUUCCAUCCUCUUCAUUGCUUGUCUUAGUGUUCAGCGUUACUGGGUGGUGGUCCAUCCUCUGAGCCACCAAAGGAAGAAUAACACAGUGGCCAUCGCUGUCUGUCUGUCUGUCUGGGCCAUCAUCUGUCUCUCCACCACCCCUUUGUUCCUCUAUGACCAAACAGCCAUGCUGAAGGACCCCAACAUCACCACCUGUCAUGACGUCAACAUCAUCAAGGACCUGCGGGACCCCUUCAAGUCUGUGAAAAUUCCCUACUUCUACUUCACCCUCAUGGCUGGCCUUUGCCUCCUGAUCCCCUUGGUGGUCAUUGUCCUGGCGUACAUCCUCCUUCUGAAGACCCUGGGGAAUGCCAUAGCGGACGGGGAAUCUGGGAAGAACCGCCGGAAAGCUGUGGUGCUAAUUGCAACAGUGCUAGUCACCUUUCUGGUGUGUUUCAUCCCCAGUAACGUCAUGCUGGUCAUCCACUACUCCCUCCUCAAAGACGGCAUGACGAACAACGGCUACGGCUUCUACAUCACCACCCUGUGUCUGUCCAGCCUCAACAGCUGUCUGGAUCCCUUCAUCUACUACUUUGUGUCAGAGGAGUUCAGGGCCCAUGUCAAGAACACACUGCUGUGUAGGAGCAGCAGGACGGUGGAGAGGAUGAGGGUGUCCUUCAACUCCAUGAAAUACUCCAAGAAGAGCAAGUCCUACGUGUCAGAGUCUGGGGACACACAGAGCAGCACCUGUUAAAAGCUGUUGGGUGAGCUAGCUAUAGACACUGGGAGAGUCUUGUUGAAAAGGCGUCUCUCUGUACGCAUGUGAACGCUUAGGCGAUGGAACUGGUUUAAUGUGCCCUAUGACGAUAAUGGGCAUCAUUGGACAGGAAGGGUACGCAGUGGGAUGUUAGUAUUAUUGCAUCGGACGCACAGACUGACUCCUUACUGGGCCAGGAUGCAAAUAUGUCAUUGAUUCCUAAUGAAAACCUGUAAUUAUAGCCCAUGAGAAACACACAAAAAGGAACUAGAAUAUAUGAUUAAUUUGUGUAGCAAAGUGUCAAUUUAGAGCUGUAGUAUGUUUUAAAUGAACACUGGACCCUUGAGCUCUUCUGCAAACAUAGCCUCCUAAACCAGGCUUGGCUUGUCGCUGGGGGGGCCAGCCGAGAUUGGUGUAAACAUAGUUGACAAAGUGUAGCAGUCAUUUUAAGUGAAACAAAAUGGGCGUCUGCUUGUUGUGCUCGCAGUGUGCGGAGAUUGCCUUGGUAGCACACACUGCUGCAGUAGACACUACACAAGAGGAGAUAAGAUCAGAGCCUAUAUAAUUAGUACAGUUGAUCUUUAUGGCAAAAAUGCAGACCUACGUCUCUCCAUUUUUAAAACAAGUUUGUGGUAUGUCUGACAUUCCAUCUAAAGUGAGCACAUGUAAAAUAUUUACACUUAAUGUGAAAAUCAAGAGGUCAAACAAAGAAUGUAGGAUAUGCCUGCCGCAUGGUAAAUGUUUUAUGAAAUCCAACGGGUAAUGAAUUGCAUUUCACUUUAUAGUGCUGAAGUUUAGGAAACUGGUGUCAAAUGCCUUUUAGAUGAAAAGUUGUUUAUCAUGAGGAUUACUUGCUAUUUUAAAGGGUCAAUGUUGAGGCCAAACAAAAGUUUUAUUUUCACUAGUAUAUGCAUUAGUACUGUACCUUGGUGAGAUUAUACUUGGCAGUAGGCUAAACACACAGCGCAACUAAAUGUUUCACUUUUGUUUUUUAAGAUAUACAAGUGUUUAUGUUUCUUAAAUAAAUGUAUAUUCAAUUAACUCUUUUUGUUUGUUUAUAUAGUUCUUAUUGGUCUUUAAUGUAUUACUUUGGUGCACACCCUUUAUCAGAUUCCAAUGGUCUGAUGGGGAUACAGUUUAUUGGUUAUGAUGAAUCAUUCCUCUUUCUUGUCUGGAAGAGAAUUUGUCAUCUAGCAUUCUUUAUUCCCAUGUAUAAAUACGGGUAUGAAGAACAUUCUUCUUCAUUCCCAUGUGUAAAUACAUGAACCAACAAAUAAAUGGAAGGUGUUGUUAUGAUCAAGUGUAGCAAUAAGAGGAGUGUCACUAUAUCUUUAGUAGAUUAGUUGACUGUAGUUGAAGAUUAAUGUACAAACACAAAGGUGUUUCAGUGUCUCAUUUACAAAGGCUCUCUGUCAGGCUCAGUCAGCUGGAGUAGCAUUGUUUAAGAUAGGACAUGUUGGGUUUCUGUUUCCAUGGUGUCAUGAUUCCAUUCAGAUUACUGAUCUCAGUGUAGGAAAACCUGAAGGAGGCCAGGCAGUAAUAGCCUCUGGUAAUUAGCUGUGAGUCUCCUUCUCUUCAUAUUAGAAGUUAAUUAGGUGUGUUGGAUUGAAACAAGGAAUAUCAAGAUUGAGGAUAUUUCAUAGAGUUAGGUGUGUAAAAUUUCACUGUGAAAACUGUUUGAGUUUGUGAGUUAAUCUGAAUUUAUACUUCUGGACAGGAUAUGAAUCAACAGUGUACAUUUUCUGUUGGUUAAUAUACGUAACUUACAUUCAAACACAUACAUAGCCUGAAUUCCUAAGGGAUCUGACGGUUAGAAUGCUGUCUUUUCUUAUCUAUUGUCUUUGAUGUUAUAAGAACCCUGUGUGAAACUGACUUAAUUUACAUUAUUUCGUUUUCUUGCAUUUAUGACCUUUGGAAAGUGCAGUACUGAUAUUUCUAAGUGAAAAUGUAACAAUGGGCAGAAGAUAAGUGUGGUUUGGUGGGGGGACUGUCUGUUAUCUGUUCAGUGACUUCCUGUAGACCAACAAAAUGACUCCAUUGUCACCACUAUGCUUUUCUGACCCAACGACAUUCUGAGUAUUGCGUGGGCGGGCUGAGUAAAACACCUGCUUCUCGCCACCAGGCUGACCUAGAUAGGAUCACUUCCUUUACACAGACAGGCAGAUCUCUUAAAAAGCCUGUCACCUCCACAUAGUAAAGUCACACAGGCUCCUUCAAAACAGAUUUGAAAAGGUUAAUUGCGGGUGGCUGUGGUAGAACUUUUGUUAUUCCAUAGUAGAGUGAAAUGAUAUUGCUUAUUAGGGUAACAUGGGGCAAGACACCCCUUCCCCAAAAUCAAUGUCUAUAUACUGAAACAAAAAAGAAAAAGUUAGUGAUUUUUUUGUAUGUUGAAAAUGGCUAUAUUAGGGUACAGUAAUGGAUUAUUA